GACUUCAUAGCAAUGGCUCCUCUGAUGGAGACAAGAAGAUACAGCCUGGUGAGGUCAGGUGACAGUGUGACAGUGUGACAGUGUGAGAGAUUGACUGAAGUUACAGAUGGAGGAGGACGAGUGCUCCCUGGUUCUGGGCAUUGAUGUGGGUACAAGCUCUGUGAAAGCCGUGUUGCUUGAGCCUAGAUCAAGGGAUGUGGUGCACAGUGAGAACCGUGACACCAAGGCAGGACUAGAUGGUGACUUCGGAUACCAGGGAAAAGAACAAGAUGUUGGUAAAGUAAUAAGUGCUCUAAAUGAUUGCUUGACCGCCCUACCCAGAGAGAGACUUAAAAAAGUUACACGGAUUGGGUUGUCUGGACAAAUGCAUGGGAUUGUUUACUGGCAAACAAACCAAGGAUGCCAUUGGAUUAACAGCGGGAACCAGCGUGUCUUUGAGCCCAAAGUAGUCAGUCAUCUCAUUACCUGGGAAGAUGGACGAUGUAGCACAGACUUUUUAUCCUGCUUACCACAGCCACUCUCCCACCUCAAUAUCGCAUCAGGCUUCGGUUGUGCUACUAUAUUCUGGCAUUUAAAGUACCGACCAGAAUUCCUAGAGCAGUAUGAUGCUGCUGGUACAAUCCAGGACUAUGUUGUCUCCAUGCUUUGUGGCCUACAAAGACCUCUGAUGUCUGUCCAGAAUGCUGCUAGUUGGGGAUAUUUUAACACCAAAUUCAAAACCUGGAAUACUGACUUAUUACAAGAGUGCGGGUUUCCAGUGUAUCUGCUCCCUCAGAUUCUGGAUGCUGGGUGUAUAGCUGGGAAGACCUCCUAUGAGUGGUGUGGAAUUCCACAAGGAACAGAGGUUGGAGUAGCCUUGGGAGAUUUUCAGUGUGCAGUGUAUUCUUCUGCAGCUGAGCGCACAGACGCAGUCCUGAAUGUAAGCACUUCUGCUCAGCUGACCUUCUCAAUGCCAGAAGGAUUUCAGCCUGAAGACCACCCCAGUCCCGCAGAAGCUGUCACUUAUUUUCCUUACUUCGAGGGUCAGUACUUGGCGGUCGCUGCUUCCCUGAAUGGAGGAAAUGUGUUUGCAUCCUUUGUCGCAAUGUUGGCUCAGUGGAUGGCUGUGUUAGGUCUUGAAACUUCUGAUUCCAACAUCUACACGAGAGUGAUCAAUGCAGCCUUACUUGUAAAUGAGACCCAUUUCACAAUCCGCCCCACUCUCUUUGGUGAAAGACAUGCACCUGAGUCUUUUGCUUCUGUGUCAAACGUGACAUCCACGGAGCUGUCAUUGGGUCACGUGACCAGAGCCAUGUGCCGCGGGAUCAUUGAGAACCUUCAUUCCAUGCUGCCAGCCCAUCGACUGAAAGAAUCUGGGAUUAAGCGGAUCAUUGGAACAGGCAGUGCUUUGGCCAGGAAUGCUGUGUUAAAGCAGGAGUUGGAGAGAAUCUUCCCUUUUCCUGUGGUCUACAGAAAGGAUAUUGAUUCUGCUCUAGGUGCUGCUAUGAUUAUGGUGAAACAAUAAAUGGGUAUUAAUCCUAUGAUCUUUCAUCAUGGGCUUUAAGUGUAACUACUACUAUACAAAGCCAGUCUGUUCAUAGUUUCUACAGAGGUAUCUGGUGGAAAGCCAGAUCAUUGUUUUCUUGGCAUCUACAGUAUGUAUCUUCUGAUUUUUGCCUAACACAAAUGUACAGUACCUGCCUUAUAAGCAAUCUGUUUCCAAGACUAUGGGUACAGUCUUGUUACGGAUACAGAUAUCAAGGUGUUUUGCAAUAUGAACUUCAGAUUGUCUUAUAUCCAAUACCUGUACCACACAAUCACAAUAAACUAAGUUUGGAACUGUU